UCGUGUAUCCUCGGUGAUUGCUAUCGAAGAACAUUUUAACGAUAGGAUACAUCCGCGGAGGAGGAGGGGAGGGGAGUACUCUAAUCGGAGUAUAAAUAAUGUGUGGACGUCUGCAUAAAACGUGACACGUCGAUUCCGUGUGGCUCAUUCCGUAUCAGACGUCCACGGUGGCAGUGUGAAGUUGAAAUUAUUCUUUCUUUUGUGUACAAUUUCCUCCGUAUCUCUCGCAGGUUAAGAAAAAUGGUCGAUAAAUUGGAAUGGUUAAAUAACGAAUUCGUGCAAAGGGUCCUCCAGUACAACGAGUACGACACCAGCAUCAAUGUAACGAAUAUAUCGGUGAAACCGGCGACCAGCAAAGGUGACAAUUAUGCCAGCGAUAUGUAUAGGGUGACCGUGAAAUACACGCAGAAGGAGGGCAAGACCAGGGUCAAUAAGGAGACGUCGAUCGUGUGCAAGUUCGAGCCGUUGGAGGAGGAUCUACGAAAGGAAGCGAUCGUUCGACGAGUAUCUCGCGCAAUAAUAAUUACCGAAAGUACUUUCCAAUUUCUCUCGGGCGUCGAUCAUCGACAUCGAUCGAUUCCAUCGGAUUUCGUCCAAACUCAAGAUUUCGUUUCCUCCCUCCCACGCCUUCACCUUCCACGCGGAAUCGCGAGAGAUUAUCGAGGGUAGCCCUCGACGAUUUAA